AAUACUGUCGUGAUCCUUUAUCGGCUUCCAUUCUCGUUUCAGUCCUGGUUAGAGACAGCACCUCCCGCAGCAGGCUUCAUUGUGAAGGGGAACUGCUUUAUUUGUUUAUCCAAGCAGUUGAGUCCAAUGGACAAACUCUUUGUAAAUGCUUUUUAAGAAUCAUCCCUUGAGGAAAACGCACACUGGCUACUCUGCAGGCCCCGGCCUUGAGUCUUAUUUGAAGGGAUUUAACUUCACUGGUGAGCCGCCUUGGCUUCUCUGCACCUGAGAAACUGCAACACAAAAUUCCAUCUAUCAUAUUCAAUUUUCUAGUGACCAAUCAAAAGGGCUUCUUGUGACCAUGAACACUGCCACUCCUACUGAGUUUGAAUUCUCUUUCCUGGAGGAGGGUUUCUCUGCCAGGGAUAUUGUUGAGCAGAAAAUUAAUGACUCAUCCAUGACGGAUGACAGGGAUGCUUUUUAUGUCUGUGACUUGGGAGAUGUGCUAAAGAAACAACUGCGCUGGAUGAGGGCUCUGCCUCGCGUCACUCCUUUCUAUGCCGUCAAAUGCAACGACAGCCGGGCUGUAGUUAUGACACUGGCAUCCCUGGGAACUGGCUUUGACUGUGCAAGCAAGACGGAGAUUCAGCUGGUUCAGUCUCUGGGAGUGGAUCCAAGCAGAAUCAUCUAUGCCAACCCCUGCAAGCAAGUUUCUCAGAUCAAGUAUGCAUCUGCCCAUGGGGUCCAGAUGAUGACCUUUGAUAGCGAGGUGGAACUCAUGAAAGUAGCCCGCUGUCAUGACAAUGCCAAGCUGGUGUUGCGUAUUGCCACAGAUGACUCAAAGGCAGUGUGUCGCCUAAGUGUGAAGUUUGGGGCCCCACUCAAAGCUUGUCGAGGUCUUCUGGAGCAGGCUAAAAAACUGGGGCUGGAUGUGAUCGGUGUCAGCUUCCAUGUUGGCAGUGGCUGCACUGAUCCCGAGACCUACACCCAGGCUAUCGCUGAUGCCCGCUGUGUCUUCGAUAUUGGGGAUGAGCUGGGCUUCAACAUGGACCUGUUGGACAUUGGAGGUGGUUUCCCUGGUUCAGACGAUGCAGAACUCAAAUUUGAAGAGAUCACAGCAGUAAUCAACCCUGCCCUGGACAAGUAUUUUCCUGCUGACACUGGUAUUAAGAUUAUUUCUGAGCCAGGGCGCUUUUAUGUGGCCUCUGCUUACACACUGGUUGUCAACAUCAUUGCCAAAAAGGUCAUCAUGGACGACGAGCCAGGCUCUGACGAAGAAGACGAUGUGACCAAUGAUAGGACUCUGAUGUACUAUGUCAAUGAUGGAGUGUACGGCUCCUUCAACUGUAUACUCUAUGACCAUGCUCACUGUUUGCCAACACUACAUAAGAAGCCAAAGCCAGAUGAGGUCAGGUACCCCUGCAGUAUCUGGGGCCCAACGUGUGAUGGCCUUGAUCGCAUUGUUGAGCAGUGUAACCUGCCUGACCUGCAAGUGGGUGACUGGCUGGUCUUUGAGAACAUGGGUGCUUACACCGUGGCUGCCUCCUCCACCUUCAACGGCUUCCAAAGACCUGACAUUCACUAUGUCAUGUCCCGCCGUGCCUGGCAUCAAGUGCAGCAGAUCUGUUCCCAGGGCAUGCCAGCUCCUGCGGAGGAGUCUUGCCUGUUUGAAGUGCCAGCCUGCUGCGGCAGAGAGAGCAGCUUGGAGAUGCCCACAAAACCCUGCCAGGCCCACGUGGUUUAAACGCAUACUGUACAACACAACACUUCUCUUCAGAUCUAGCAUCCUUUGUUAAUUAUUACAGAAGGUUCACUUGUGUUUUCUUUUUGUUUUUUUGUCGUCUUCACAAAUGUACAUGACAUUUCAAGGCCAGUUACUUGACAGGAGAAUGAGAGGGACAUGUCGCACACAUUUCUGUGUUCUGUAUGAAAGCUGGGGAUCAACCUUCAAUGAAAUGAGGCUGAAUCACACUCCAAGUGUCUCUGUGUGUUCCAGGCAGAGUGUUACAGGGCAACUCUGUACUUAAUUAGGUUGCUGCAGCCUUCCUGCGCUAAUUUGGGGGAGUAACUGUAGUUCUUAAAGAGUCUAUUUGCUGAACUGGAAUAGUGUACAGAGAGAUACCUUUGCAAAAUACAUCAAAAAGACCACUUCACAGAAGAUUCCCAUCACCAUAGGACUUGAAACUGUAGCAUUAGUCCAAGAGGUGAGGGUUUACUCACGUUAUUCAUUUAAUAUUUUAAAAAAGUAUGGUAGCAGAUUGCUUCCGGCUUAGGCAUCCGGCAGUGCUGACUGACCUGCGAAAUGUAAAGCGGGUGGGGCUGUUAUUUUACUAAACUACUGGACCCUACAAAGCCUUGUAAACAGCUAAAGUCACAUCCCUAGCUAGAAACUCGCAAAGAGGUGGUUGGAGGGGUGAUUUAAUUCCUCAAAUGGCUGCUAUGUUUUAUAUUUAUAUUUUCCAUGAUCUCCACUUCUGUACAGAACACCUUAAGUGUUAAUCCUCAAGAUGCUGACAUAUCAAGAAAUACCAUAGUUUCUGUGGGGGUUCAUAAUGUAGUGUUUCAGAGUGUUUGUGUUCUGUAAAGGUUUUUGCUGGUUUUGGCCAGAGCCCAGGAAGUGCAUGCGUCACAUUCUGCAUGUCUAAAUCCCAUAUAAUGUGUCUCUGGCUGUCAGACAGCAAUCUAAAUACAUAACUAAAUUUAAAUAUCAGCUACCCAUGGCAACCAAUGUGAUCUUCAUAUACAGUAUUUGUCCUCGUCAGCAGACACUACAGGUACCACCAGAAACAAAUCUUUAAGAUUAACAUUUAAAACACAGGGACUCAAGAAGCAGACGUCUCCUCUCCUCUUCUCCUCCUUAUUCUUAUUUUUUUUUUUGUACCUUGUUGAAGGCAAGAAGUCUGUUCAUGAUCAUAAGAAGCAGUGUUUAACAAUACAUUUGAAAUGGAUUUGAAAGUUGGGAUUGCAAUUUCAUAAUGCUUUCCUAUGGAAACUUUUUGUCAUUUUGUAUUUUAUUAAUAAAUAAAACAUUAGGUGCGGAGCCGAAUUA